AUGUUAGAUCCAUUUGAUUUUCAGGAUGUUAUCCUGUUUUACUUUACAGAAAAUCAUUUCUCAGAACCAGAGAGCCCCUACUCCUACGCGCCCAGAUCUUUUCCCAGUAGCUUGCGUGCGCCUGCGCAGAUCCUCCGCCAAGCUCCUUUACAGAGCCCGACCGCUUCUUUCUCCAGCUCUCUUCCGGUCUCUUCUCAGCUCCAGUUUUUCCCUAAGGGGUCAUCACAGGGCGCCAAAUGCGCGCCCGCGGGAAGGCCCGGGGCGGGGCGCGGCGCGGCGCGGCACGUCAGUGGCCUUCCGGGCGGAAGUCCGCAGCCUCCCAAGCCUCUGAUUGGCUUUCAGGCUGGCGCCUAUCUCGGCCCCCGCGCCAGUUUCGGGCUGGUUGGCGCGGAAUCGGGAGACUGCGGGACUAUGGCGCCUGUGCAUGGCGACGACUGCGAACUGGGGGCAAGCGGUGAGGGACGACUCCGCACUCAGAACACUGGUUGGGAGUGUGGGGACAGCAGCAUGAUUGCGUGUGGUGGUGGUGGUGGUGGGGUCUUUGCUUUAUUUCUUCCGAAGGAGGCGUGCGCCGGGUUCGCUGUGCGGGUCUGCUUGGGCUCAGACCUUGUGGUUCAGGGCGGGGGCCUUUCGGGUGUCAGAACCAGCAUUCUAGUAGGGCGACUUGCAAAUCCGAGCCACCCGUUGCAGGGUUUUCUGUUUGGGAGACUGUCACAUCUCUGUCAGCAAGUGACCCCUUUUAAAAAUUCCUUUGCGUUCAAAUCUAAUCAUUUUGGCGAAGUUCCUAAAAAAUACAUCAAUUCAGCAUUUCGGAUCGAGGACUUCACAAGUGUUUAUGAAGAAGUUGAUGAAGAACAGUAUUCGAAGCUGGUUCAGGCACGGCAGGAUGAUGACUGGAUUGUGGAUGAUGAUUUGUCUAAGGAUGAACUGCUAGGUGACAUUCUACAAGAUCUGAACACUGAGAAACCUCAAAUAACUCUUCCACCUAUAAUAAUACCUAAGAAGAAAAGAUCUACUGGAUCUUCUCUGAAUCCUUUUGCUGUGUACACCCCCAAGGUAAAGUCUUAUGAAGAUCAGUACAACCAACCAGAACAGAAAAUUGAUCUAAAUACAGGGAAGGAAACAGAAAUUCCAGUUACAAUGAAGGAUGUUUACGAUGAAUUUGAUGAAAGAAUAGCAGCAAAAUAUAAAAUUAUGAAGUUCAAGUCCAAGGGUCAUAAUAUUUAUGGGUUUGAACUGGAAGUGCUACUGCAGCGAAUUAAUGUGUGCAAAGUUCCUCACUGGUCCAAGAUAGGUCGUCUGAAGCGAUCCACCAUGCCAAAGCUUGGGGUAAUAGUAGUUUUGAAAAUCUUAUUUCUUUUAUUUGCCACUUUUUAUUGUGUACUUACCAAGAAAGCACUACACUUUUUUUGUUUCAUUCUUACUUUUCUGUACAGUGAAUUUUCUCAUCUGUUGUACCUGUUGGAACACACCUGGAAAGAUGCCAGGUUCAUUUUGCAGAUUAUGUGUGAGCUAAAUGUUCUUCCAUUAGCAUUGCAGAUCACUAACAUCACUGGGAACAUUAUGUCCAGGACACUGAUGGGUGGAUGAUCUGAGCAUAACGAGUUCUUGUUGCUUCAUGCAUUUUAUGAAAACAACUAUAUCGUGCCUGACAAGCAGAUUUUCAGAAAGCCUCAGCAAAAACUGGAAGAUGAAGAUGAAGAAAUUGAUGGAGAUACCAAUAAAUACAAGAAAGGGCAGAAGAAAGCAGCUUAUGCUGGAGGCUUGGUUUUGGACCCCAAAGUUGGUUUUUAUGAUGAGUUUAUUUUGCUGCUGGACUUCAACAGUUUAUACCCUUCCAUCAUUCAGGAAUUUAACAUUUGUUUUACAACAGUGCAAAGAGUUGCUUCAGAGACACAGAAAGUUACAGAGGAUGGAGAACAGGAACAGAUCCCUGAGUUGCCAGAUCCAAGCUUAGAAAUGGGCAUUUUGCCCAGAGAAAUCCGGAAACUGGUAGAACGGAGAAAACAAGUCAAACAGCUAAUGAAACAGCAAGAUUUAAACCCAGAUCUUGUUCUUCAGUAUGACAUUCGGCAGAAGGCUUUGAAGCUCACAGCGAACAGUAUGUACGGUUGCCUGGGAUUUUCCUACAGCAGAUUUUACGCCAAACCACUGGCUGCCUUGGUGACAUACAAAGGAAGGGAGAUUUUGAUGCAUACAAAAGAGAUGGUACAGAAGAUGAAUCUUGAAGUUAUUUAUGGAGAUACAGAUUCAAUUAUGAUAAACACCAAUAGCACCAAUCUGGAAGAAGUAUUUAAGUUGGGAAACAAGGUAAAAAGUGAAGUGAAUAAGUUGUACAAACUGCUUGAAAUAGACAUUGAUGGUGUUUUCAAGUCUCUCCUACUACUGAAGAAAAAGAAAUAUGCUGCUCUGGUUGUUGAACCAACAUCAGAUGGGAAUUACGUUACCAAACAGGAGCUGAAGGGAUUAGAUAUAGUUAGAAGAGAUUGGUGUGAUCUUGCUAAAGACACUGGAAACUUUGUCAUUGGCCAGAUUCUUUCUGAUCAAAACCGGGACAUUAUAGUAGAAAAUAUUCAGAAGAGGUUAAUAGAAAUUGGAGAAAAUGUGCUAAAUGGCAGUGUCCCAGUGAGCCAGUUUGAAAUUAACAAGGCAUUGACAAAGGAUCCCCAGGAUUACCCUGAUAAGAAAAGCCUACCUCAUGUACAUGUUGCCCUCUGGAUAAAUUCUCAAGGAGGCAGAAAGGUGAAAGCUGGAGAUACUGUGUCAUAUGUCAUCUGUCAGGACGGGUCAAACCUCACUGCAAGUCAGAGAGCCUAUGCACCUGAACAACUGCAAAAACAGGACAAUUUAACCAUUGACACCCAGUACUACCUGGCCCAGCAGAUUCACCCAGUUGUGUCACGAAUCUGUGAGACAAUAGAUGGAAUUGAUGCAGUGCUCAUUGCAACAUGGUUAGGACUAGACCCCACCCAAUUUAGAGUUCAUCAUUAUCAUAAAGAUGAAGAGAAUGAUGUUCUACUUGGUGGCCCAGCACAGCUCACUGAUGAAGAGAAAUACAGAGACUGUGAAAAAUUCAAAUGUCCAUGUCCUACAUGUGGAACGGAAAAUAUUUAUGAUAAUGUCUUUGAUGGCUCGGGAACUGAUAUGGAGCCCAGCUUGUAUCGUUGCAGCAACAUUGAUUGUAAGGCUUCACCUCUGACCUUUACAGUACAGAUGAGCAACAAAUUGAUCAUGGACAUUAGACGGUGCAUUAAAAAGUACUAUGAUGGCUGGUUGAUAUGUGAGGAGGCAGCAUGUCGCAAUCGAACUCGGCAUCUUCCCCUUCAAUUCUCCCGAAAUGGUCCUCUUUGUCCAGCAUGCAUGAAAGCUAUACUUAAACCUGAGUAUUCUGACAAGUCCCUGUACACCCAGCUGUGCUUUUACCGGUACAUUUUUGAUGUGGACUAUGCACUGGAGAAACUUAUUACCGAUCAUGAGAAAGAAAAAUUGAAGAAGCAGUUUUUUACACCCAAAGUUCUUCAGGACUACAGAAAACUCAAGAACACAGCCGAGCAGUUCUUGUCCUGGAGUGGCUACUCUGAAGUGAACCUCAGCAAACUCUUCGCCGAUUGUGCUGUGAAGUCCUAAGGGAAUCCACAAGUGAAUGAGGAGGGCUAGUUGCAAAUCCCAGCUUCCUGAGCACCUCUACUCUGGCCCUAACUGCUUCUCCAAUAUCUUGCUUUUCCCUUAAGGACUGCAUCUCAUGUUCACGUGGGAUGUGAACUAGAAGGAGGGAUUGCAAAAAUAUUUCAUCUGUCAUGCAUCAAAGAAGAUCCAGUCUUCAUGUUAUGAUAUACCACUGAGCUCUUCCCCAUGUCCCUAAAGACCUAACAUAUUGGGAACUGGGUUUCUAGGAGAGGGAAAUUGCUAUUUUAAUUGAAAGUGGCGGGCUGGGGAUGUGGCUCAAGCGGUAGCGCGCUUGCCUGGCAUGCGUGCGGCCUGGGUUCGAUCCUCAGCACCACAUACAAACAAAGAUGUUAUAUCCGCCGAAAACUAAAAAAUAAAUAUUAAAAUUAAAAAAAAAAAAAAAAAGAAAGUGGCUGAGAUGUAAGUGACCCUGGACUUUGCCCCAGGGCUGUAGUAGAGGUGUUCCCCAAAGAGAGGAUUCUGCAGCCCAGCAGGAGCAGUAGUAACAUUUUGCCUUUUCACAUGCCAAUUAAACACAGUCUAAAUUCAGAUGAUUCCUCAGCCACUUGCUAUAGAAGUGGCUGUCUUUUUUAGUCUUGUCUUUCAGAUAGGUAGUGGAUGGCAGGGGAGAUAUAGAAUCCUUUGCACUCAAAAAUAAACAGAAUGGACUCUAUUGAAUUGCUCCAAAAUCCAACACACACACACACACACUGAACAGGUGUUUUACAUUUACACACACACACACUUAAAUAGAAAGUUUAGGUAAAAGUUUAUACAACAGGAAAGCACAUUUAAAAUAAUGUAGGACAUCAAAGGGCUGGUGAUGUAGCCCAGUGGUAGAGUGCACUUGCCUAACACGCAUGAGACCCUGAGUUCUGUCUUUAGCAGUGCAAAAAGAAAGUGUAGCAUUUGGCAAAGUGGGAGAAUGGUUAAUUGGCCCUGGUGCUUGCUAUUUUUCCUCAUUUUCUUCAGAAUGGUGCCUGCUUUGCGGCAGCAAAAAGUAUUUCAAUAUGUCAAUCUUUCUUACAUUAUUGGUAAGAUUGUACUAACAAAAUAUAUUUCCCCUUGUAUAACUAUGCUGUGUUUUAAAAAUGUUUACCUAUGUGUUUUUAUAAAGGAGAGUAUGCUGUACUUUAUACUUAAGAAUAAAGUUUUUCUAAAGGGAAA